UAUCCAUUUCGUCAGACUCACUUUAAUCUGUAAAUUUUCUUUUAGACAAAAUAAUGUUACGCGAAAUAGGAAAUUUUCAAAAAUUAUUGAUAUAAUUAAUUACGACUAUUUAUUUUGAUUUGGAAUACUAUUAAAAUAAAUUUAUUUUUUCUAUUUAUUGAUGAAUUUUUUGGUCUGGGCAAAAAAAAUUCCAAAUAUCGUUCUAUAUUAGAAACGGGGAAAUAACGGUUUUCAACGUCUGGGCCAGUGAGAGGGAAGGCUUUAUGCAUCCUCAUUGUUUUCUUGCAAUCUGGAAAGUGUAAGUCUCGUAGUAUUUGAUAGAAGAAGAAGAAGAAGAAGAAGAAAACAAAAAAGUCAUACUUUUAGCAGGAGCUGAGAAAAGCAAAGCAACAAAAAAUGAGUUCGGCUUCGUCAAUCAGAGCAUUUGGAGCAAUUCGUUUUCUUCACAGAUUCUCUAAUGGAGUUUCCUCCAAAUGCCUCAACUCAUUGACUCUGCAAAGGACCGGCUUGCUAAACGGCAACUUAUCGUCUUCGUCAGCGAUAUCAUCAAUGUCUUCGUGGGUUUCGAUUUAUAGAGUGAGAUAUAGCAGUGGUGGAGCCAGAACCAUAUGGACCUUCACUCCUCUCUCAAUGGGUAGGCGUUCUAGCAAAAUCGCUGGUAGAAAGGUUGCUCAAGAUGCCAAGAAGACAAAGCUGUAUUCAAGGAUUGGAAAAGAAGUUGUAUCUGCUGUAAAGAAAGGUGGUCCGAGCCCUAUAUCAAACACAGUCCUGGCAGCCGUUCUUGAUAAAGCCAAGGAGCUUGAUGUACCAAAAGAAAUUGUAGAACGGAACAUUAAGAAGGCUUCUGAGAAAGGACAAGAAGCUUACAUUGAGAAAAUCUAUGAGGUAUAUGGUUUUGGAGGAGCUAGUAUGGUAGUUGAAGUCUUGACAGAUAAGAUAAACCGAUCUGUGGCAGCUAUUAGAGAGGUAGUGAAGGAUUGUGGGGGGAAAAUGGCAGAUCCUGGAUCUGUUAUGUUCAAGUUCAGACGUGUUCGAGUUGUUAAUAUAAAGGUCUCAGAUGCUGACAAGGAUCAGCUCCUUGGCAUUGCAUUAGAUGCUGGUGCCGACGAUGUUAUAGAGCCUCCAGUGUAUGAAGAUGAUACUGAAGAAGAUAGAUCAGAAAGCUACUAUAAAAUUGUGAGUUCGUCAGAGAACUACUCAACGAUACUAGAAAAACUACGCCUGGAAGGAAUAAAUUUUGAGACUGAUAAUGGGUCUGAGCUAAUUCCAAUAAACACUAUAGGGGUAGAUGACGAGGCUUUGGAUUUGAACAAGGAACUUAUGGGCAAAUUACUUGAACUCGAUGAUGUCGAUGCUGUUUAUACCGAUCAGAAGUGAUCAAGUUUCUAAAGCUAAUGAUAGUUAUCAUAUCAGCAACUGAACCAAGUUUUUUCCAUGGAGGAAUUGUAUCCAUAUAUCUGGUUUGUUCUUGAUUUGGCCUUUAAAUUGCAAAUAUAUAUCUCUCAUUUCUUUAAAUGAGAAGAGAAAAAAGAGAGUUUUCUUA